UUCUUUUUCCACUUCCAAACAAUGGACAACUACAGGAGAAACCCGCUUAAGCCAUGGAAGAAAGGCCCCGCGAGAGGGAAGGGAGGACCCCAGAAUGCCACAUGCGAAUACCGAGGAGUUCGGCAGCGAACAUGGGGGAAAUGGGUGGCAGAAAUCAGAGAGCCUAAGAAGAGGACAAGAAUAUGGCUGGGCUCAUUUGCCACGGCAGAAGAGGCGGCAAUGGCUUAUGACGAAGCUGCAAGAAGACUCUAUGGAUCGGAAGCUUAUCUAAAUCUUCCACACUUGAGAUCUGACAUCAUCCACCCGCUAAACAAAUCCCACAAUACGUUCAAAUGGUCCCCUUCCUGCAACAACUUCAUUUCUAUGUUCCCUACCACGGGCCUUCUCAACCUAAAUGCCCAGCCGAAUGUGGAUGUCAUUCACCAAAGGCUCCAAGAACUGAAGAAGAGAGAAGCAUCUUCGUCCAGCUCAUCUUCCCAACGUGAUCACGCGAAUGAACAAUCCCAUUUUGUUAAUAAUCAAGGAACUAAUAAGGUAUUCUCAGAGUUCACAGCGGAUCUUAAGAGGAAGGAGCCCGAGAAGCCUCAGAUUGAUCUGAACGAGUUCCUACAGCAGUUGGGAAUUGUUAAAAAAGAUCAUAACCACCUGUCAACUGUGGAUCACUUGUUAAGCUGUUUCCCAGAACCGGAAACUUCGUUUGGUGAGAAAAUCUACAAUGGGUACCCACAGGAAGAGACUAUGGGAAUAGAAGAUAAUCAAACGGUAGAGGCCGCUGGUAGCUUAUAUGAUGUCAUUGAUGACAUCGGUUUUACCCCAACUAUAUGGAACAUCUAAACUUCUCAGUGAUGACCUCAGCCUAAAUCUCCUGCCUGUUGUUGCAUGUGUAUGCAGUUCACAAGCCAUUUACUACAUACGG